AAUAAAAGGGCUUUCAACAUUUUACAUUACGCCGCUUUAAAAGGCCAAGCAAUUGCCGUGGGUAAAAUAUUAGAUGAACAUAAGUCGCUGGUAAACGUUAAGAGACCGGAUGGAUUUACAGCUCUGCAUAUUGCUGCAGCGAACAACCAUACAGACUGCGCUAAACUCCUGAUUGAAAAGGGAAACGCAGAUGUAAACAGCAAAAACCUGAAUGGCUUCACGCCACUUUUGUUAGCUGCUAUAGAGGGAUAUUUGGAAUCUGUACAGCUCUUAAUUGGGAAAAGUAAGUCAAUUGAUCUUUAG